AUGGGCGUGGCCGUGGAAGAACUGGUGCUCAGUAACUCUACAUCAAAGAGAACACGAGUUGAAACAGCUCACAAAGAGAGACCCGCCCCCUCCACCUGCUCAGCCAAUCACAGUGUUCCACAGCAGACGUGCGCUGACACUCACACUGGGGUUGAAGCAGCUGGUGCAGCAGAGUCCCAGAAGACGAAGUACGUUAAAAAGCCGGCCAAUGCCUUCAUGAUCUACAUGAGGGUGGAGAGACAGGGAGCUGUGGCACGAUACAAAGUGACAGACAGCGCCCAGGUGAACCAGCUUCUGGGAAAAGAGUGGAAAAAUCUGACCAAUAAUGAAAAAGCCAAGUACUACAAAAUGGCAGAAGAAGAAAAAGCCCUCCACUCCCAGAUGAAUCCCAACUGGUCCUUCAAAGAUAACUACCGUAAAAGAGCGAAGAAACGUUCAUCCAACUGGGUGUAAAGAAGGUGGUUUUCUGUAAGUUGCUGGACCUCACUGAGGAUAUCAGAAGAACCUGCAGAGUGGUGGAGCCAGAUGACAUUUCUACAGAAAAAUCAAAGAUCCUUGACUGAAGA